GUCCAGUGUCAUGGCUCUCUGAACGAAUGGAUGAGCAAGGGCUACUGCUUUGAGACUAUGUUAUUAUUACAGGUAUUUGAAAUAUUCCACGUUUGAUAGCGCACUAGUUUUCUUUCUAGUAUUACUUUAUAUUUUUGAGAGGUAGUGAGACUAGGUUGUCAUCAUGGCAGGGAGUAGCAUGGCACAGAAAACAUGGGAGCUACAAAACAGUAUGCAGGAAGUUCAGAGCAUAGAUGAAAUAUAUAAAUAUGACAAAAAACAACAACAGGAAAUCCUUGCUGCGAAGCCAUGGACAAAGGAUCAUCAUUACUUCAAAUACUGCCAGAUAUCUGCUCUGGCGCUGCUGAAGAUGGUGAUGCACGCCAGGUCCGGGGGCAACCUCGAGGUGAUGGGUCUGAUGCUUGGGAAAGUGGACGGGGAGACCAUGAACAUCAUGGACAGCUUUGCCUUACCCGUGGAGGGGACAGAGACGCGGGUCAACGCCCAGGCUGCGGCUUAUGAAUACAUGGCUGCCUACAUUGAGAAUGCCAAACAGGUUGGUCGGCUGGAGAACGCUAUUGGCUGGUACCACAGUCACCCAGGUUACGGCUGCUGGUUGUCAGGUAUAGAUGUCAGCACUCAGAUGCUCAACCAGCAGUUUCAGGAGCCCUUUGUGGCGGUGGUGAUCGACCCCACUCGCACCAUAUCUGCAGGGAAAGUCAAUCUUGGCGCCUUCAGAACAUACCCCAAGGGUUACAAACCUCCAGAUGAGGGACCCUCUGAAUAUCAGACCAUUCCCCUGAACAAGAUCGAAGACUUCGGCGUGCACUGCAAACAGUAUUAUGCCUUGGAGGUGACUUAUUUCAAGUCUUCCCUUGAUCGAAAAUUACUGGAGCUCCUCUGGAAUAAAUACUGGGUCAACACUCUGAGCUCUUCAAGUCUUCUGACGAAUUCAGAGUACACCACAGGCCAGGUGUUUGACCUGUCUGAGAAACUGGAGCAGUCGGAGGCUCAGCUUGGAAGAGGAAGCUUCAUGCUGGGCCUGGACACACACGACAGGAAGUCCGAGGACAAACUGGCCAAAGCAACACGAGACAGCUGCAAGACGACAAUUGAGGCGAUCCAUGGUCUGAUGUCUCAAGUCAUCAAGCAUAAGCUCUUCAAUCAAAUCAACACGUCUGCCAUCUAAGCCCGAAACAGUCCAAGUGGAGUCACCCCUCGUGUGUGUAUUACUAUUUAGAUUCUGGUUAGCAGGAUGAUCUUUCAAUUAUUAUCUGAGGAAAGUUUAUUGGUUUUAUCUUCAGCUAUUCUUUAGUGUGAGUGAUUGAUCUAAACUUAUGUCCACAUAAGUGUAUGAAUAAAUAGUGUUGUUAAAAUUC